UCUCGUUCACUCUUUCAUCCUCGAUCCUGCGGAUACCUUUGUCAAGAACGCAUUUACCGAAGAAGAGAUGCAUGAUAUAGUUGAAAAGAAGAGCGGGCGGGAUCCACUGGAGAUCGACGAUGAAAUCCUCGAAUAUAUAAACACGUUUUCUAUGAAAGAUUUUACCUACGAUCACAUAAGGACAACGGUUAACGAAUUAACAUUGUGCAGGUUACGACUUCUUGAGAUGCAACUCAAUCCACUUACUCUAGAUAUGCCAGAAGCUUGGUAUCGCAUCAAUGUUUGGAGAACAAUCGAUAUUGCGUUUUCGGAUAUUCCAUAUACUUAUGUUAUAGAUGCUUUUGCAUCUGAACUCAAUAAUGUUUCAGCAUCUGAUAUAUCAGACGAUAUUUCAAAUCUUGAUAUAUGUAAUGAGUCUUCAUCCCAAUAUCUCGAAUCACCUAUUUGCACAAAAACUGCAGAUCAACGCCAUUACCAUGGUAAAUCAUUAGAUGACAAGGAGAUGAACGACUUUCAUGAUUCAUUAUAUAAGAAGAGACUUGGCAAAGAGAUAGUUCAGAGCAUCUGA